AAUCAAAGCCGUCAUUUUCCUCCCAUCAGAAUCUCUCUCUCUUCUCAUAUCAUCUCCUAGAGCCGACUCCGUCAGCCAUCGCAGGCCUUUUCCCCGAUCAGCUUUGGAAUCUCUGCUCAAUCUCGCAUCGGUCUCUCAUGGCGGAGGGCAGAUCUUACGGUCCGGGUCUCCGAUUAGAUAUUCAACAAAUACUCUUGGAGGCACAAACUCGCUGGUUGCGGCCUGCUGAAAUCUGUGAAAUUCUUCAAAACUAUCAGAAGUUCUAUAUUGCCUCAGAGCCUCCCAACAUGCCACCUAGUGGUUCACUUCUUCUUUUUGAUCGGAAGGUUUUGAGAUACUUCAGGAAGGAUGGACACAAUUGGAGGAAGAAAAAAGAUGGCAAGACUGUGAAGGAAGCUCAUGAGAAGCUGAAGGUUGGAAGUGUUGAUGUGUUGCAUUGCUACUAUGCCCAUGGAGAAGAAAAUGAAAAAUUUCAAAGGCGCAGCUAUUGGUUGCUUGAACAGGACUACAUGCACAUAGUUUUAGUCCACUACUUGGAAGUAAAGGGUACUAAGGCCAACGUUGGCUGUACAAAAGAUGAGGAAGUCACAUCAAAUUUCCAGAAGGACAGCUUUUUGUCCUUCAGCUCUACCACUUAUCACAACAAAACACUUUCAGGAAACACAGAUUCUGCUAGCCCAACUAGUACUCUGACAUCACUCUGUGAAGAUGCUGAAUCUGAGGAUAGUCACCAAGCAAGUUCCAGGUACCACUCAUUUAAUGAAUUAUCACAAAUGGAGGAUGGUUCUGUUGUUGAAAAGAUGGGCCAUGGUCCCUUGAGCUCUUAUUUUCAUCAUUCCCAUUUAGGCGAACACAAACAGACUUCCAAUCCUGGAAUGGAUUAUGCAUUGAACAUUGGUGAUAAAAGCAGAGAUAAUGGAGGUACAAUCAUGACAAAGUCUCAAAAAAUUCUUGGAUCACCCUCCUGGGAACAGGCAUCAGAACAAUGUUCAACAGGAUUUGGGAAUGUACCUUCUCAAACAUUAGUUUCUGCCCCCCAACCUGCUAAAACGGGGGUCAUUGUUGAGCAAGGUCAUGCGAUUCUGGGCCAACCUUUCACGAAAGAGAAUUCUAUUGAACAGGAGUUUAGGAGUACACCGAUUGAAGCAAAUUGGCAGAUUCCUUCGGAAGAUAAUCCUUUGCACUCACCCAUAUUGCCCAUGGACCAAAAGUUGAGCCUGAACUCGGCAUAUGAUUUGGACACCAAAUUUCUUGAACAACAAACUCAUGAUCCAAGUUUUCAAAAUGCUUCUGAACACUUUUGUGCACGCCCUUACCAGCAGUGUGAAGAUUAUGAGCAAAACUAUCAAUUACAGCUUUCAAAUGCAGAACCUGGAUAUUCCAUGGAAUCAAAUUCUGGGAAUGGCAUGUCUGUUGAAGGAAAUUUCACAGUAAAACAACAAUUGUUUAGUAGCCACAAAAAUGAGGAGGGCUUGAAAAAAGUUGACAGUUUCUCCCGAUGGAUUAGCAAAGAGCUUGGAGACGUAGAAGAGUUGCACUUGCAGUCUGUUAGUGGUAUUUCAUGGGGCACUGUUGAAAGUGGAAAUGUUGCUGAUGAUUCCUCUCAAUUGCAACUGGAUACUUACUCAUUGAGCCCCUCUCUUUCCCAAUAUCAGUUUUUCAGCAUUGUUGAUUUUUCACCAAACUGGGCUUACACAGACUCAGAAACUAAGGUUCUGAUUACUGGAACAUUUUUGAUGAGUCAAGAAACGGUAGCAAAAUGUGAAUGGUCAUGUAUGUUUGGAGAAGUAGAGGUUCCUGCAGAAGUUUUAGCAGAUGGAGUUCUCUGUUGCCUUGCUCCACCUCACAUAGCUGGGCGAGUCCCUUUCUAUGUAACGUGUUCCAACAGGUUAGCUUGUAGUGAAGUGCGUGAAUUUGAGUAUCGAGUGAAUUCUGAUGAAGACAUGGAUAUUUAUAAUGGCCAGACACAUGAAAUGCUUCUUCAAAUGCGAUUUGAGAGAUUACUGUCUAUGAAAUCUGAUGGCCAGCUAAAUUAUCUUGAUAUAAGUGUUGGGGAGAUGCAAAAUAUAGCCCAUAAAAUCAUUUCAUUAAGGGAGCAAGACGAAUGCUGCAAGAUGGUAAAGCCAAUCUCAGGUGGGGAAUUUUCCCAAUAUGAAGUAAAGGAGGAGCUCCUAGAAAAGCUGAUGAAAGAGAAAUUGUAUUCUUGGCUUCAUCACAUAAUCACUGAGGAUGGUAAGGGGCCCAGUAUUUUAGAUGAUGAAGGGCAAGGUGUGCUACAUCUGGCAGCUGCUCUUGGUUAUGAUUGGGCUAUACAACCAACCAUAGUUUCGGGGGUUAAUAUCAAUUUUCGUGAUGUUAAUGGGUGGACUGCGCUUCAUUGGGCUGCAUUUUGUGGCAGGGAGCACACAGUUGCUGCCCUUGUCUCUCUGGGUGCAGCUCCUGGAGCAUUAACAGAUCCAACUCCGAAAUUUCCUUUAGGUAGAACUCCUGCAGACCUGGCAUCUGCGAAUGGCCAAAAAGGAAUUUCUGGUUUUCUUGCGGAGUCUUCAUUGACUUCCUACCUCUCAUCCCUGACAAUAAAUGAUCCAAAUCAGGACGCGGCCUCUGACAAUUCUGGCAUAAAGGCAAUACAGACAGCUUCAGAACGAACGGCCACUCCCCUCAAUGAUGGUGACGUGCCAGAUUUGCUGUCACUAAAGGAUUCUUUAACUGCUGUCUGUAAUGCUACACAGGCUGCUGAUCGUAUUUAUCAAGUUUUCAGAAUGCAAUCAUUUCAUAGAAAACAACUAGAUGAGUUUGACAGCGAUGGAUUGUCGGAUGAGCGUGCUCUUUCACUUUUAACUGUCAAGUCAUGCAGGUCAGGACUAGCUGAUGCUGCUGCAGUACAGAUACAAAAGAAGUUUCGUGGUUGGAAGAAGAGAAGAGAAUUCAUAAUAAUCCGGCAAAGGAUUGUUAAAAUACAGGCUCAUGUAAGAGGGCAUCAGGUGAGGAAAAAGUACAGACCAAUUACCUGGUCAGUAGGAAUCCUGGAGAAGGUAAUUUUGCGUUGGAGACGGAAAGGCAAUGGUUUGCGGGGAUUCCGAUCAGAUGCUCUUGCUAAUGACAUCAGCUCACAAGUCACACCUGCACAAGAAGAUGAUUAUGAUUUUUUAAAGAAAGGAAGGAAACAGACUGAGGAGAGGUACCAAAAGGCACUUUCUAGGGUCAAGUCCAUGGUUCAGUACCCAGAGGCACGAGAUCAAUAUCGUAGGCUGCUGACUGUUGUUGAGGGGUUCCGCAAAACCAAGGAUGUAUGUAAUACCAUCGCGAACAGUUCUGAAGGAGCAGCUAAUGGUGAAGAGGACCUAGUAGAUAUGGAAACACUGUUGGAUGAUGACACUUUCAUGUGUAUGACAUUUGAAUGAACCUCUUUCUUUUUUGCUGAUUCGUACCUCUGAACGUAGUUGUCUGCUGAUACUGGUGCAAUACAGAGGCCCCGAUGUUCUCUUGUACAUAUUUUAUCCAACUAAUUUGACAAUUCGUUCCUGACGAUUUCAAGGGGGCUUGCAGUUAAGGUAGCAUAAACAAGCAAGUGGUUGCUCAUCUCAGGCUCGUGUACUCUUUGUUUCAUUCGUAAUAUAUUUAUCCUUUUCAGUUCCACAGGGUAGUUUUUAUUUGAUUUGAAAUCUAACAAGAUUCAAGAAGCAUCAAAUUGCUUCUGUUUGUUGUCAAAUGCUACAAUCAAGGGAAAAUUUUCGGUUCCUUGGACUGUUUUAAUUACACAGCUGGUGUAUUGAAGUAUUUAUAUGCUGCUUCUACAGACUGUAAUAUGAGAGACUACCCUAUGAAGUUUUAUAGCAUUGAUCAGAUUAAGAUUUGGUCAAGAUUCUUUAUUGAA